AUGACAACUCCCAACGGCUACCACAAACCGCAUGCCCAAGACGACCCGUAUGCCGACGACGAUGAACGCGACUCGGACCUGGACUUGGACUUGAACGAGCUCGACCCGCAAACCACCUCAUCUGCGCGAAAAGCACCUUCGCGGCAGCCUAGCUCAGGCCGCAUCAGCUAUGACUUUGGCGCAAGAAUACCGCUGAGGAAUCUACGGUUAGGGGGGAGAAGGCGGCCAAGAGACGAAGAUGCAGAAGAUCUACAAGCCUUGGUGGGCGGGGACGAGGAGGAGGAGCGGAGGAAGAGGGUGAGCGCUGCCAGCUCUGGACUGUCGACAAGGGACGAUGAUGCGCCGUUGUUACCACACGCGAAUGGAAACGUUAGACGUGGCUCUCAGCAGGCGUUGAAUAGCUUGGGGCUCUCCGGGAAGAAGAAGAAAGGCUUCUGGGCUUAUCUACCCUUCGUCAAACGGAGUUCCUCGAUCGCCUUGCCUUCUGCUGCGGAAGAGGAGCCUGAGGACGACCACGAUCCUUCGGCGACCCGAAACAUUGUUGUUGGCCAGCGACAGGCCACACGAUUCCCUGCAAAUGCCGUGUCGAAUGCCAAAUACACGCCUUGGUCGUUCCUCCCACGAACGCUGUUCAACGAGUUCAAGUUCUUCUUCAACAUGUACUUUUUACUGGUAGCGUUGUCACAAAUCAUACCCGCUCUGAGGAUCGGCUAUCUGACGACCUACAUUGCCCCGUUGGCAUUCGUCAUAAGCAUUACACUGGGAAAGGAGGCGUACGAUGAUGUGUACAGGAGGAAACGGGAUAAUGAAGCAAACAGUGAGGCCUACAAGGUCUUGCGAUUUGAAGAAGGCGCGUUGUCAGCUCUCAACUCGAAGAGUGGAGGCAAGAAGAGGAAGAUCAAGAGCAUGACAGAGAAGAAGAAAGGCAAGCGGAGAAAGGUGUCCCUGGACAACGACAGUGCUAGACUACAGCAGGCUGAAGAUGAAGAGUACAGGACUGAAGACACGGAAGCGCCCUCAGCAGGUGUAGUGGAAAUUACCAAGCCCUCGAGAGAUCUGAAGGUUGGCGAUGUUCUUGUCCUAGGGAAGGAUCAGCGAGUCCCAGCCGAUGUAGUGAUUCUGAAGAGCUUCUCCACGGAAGCAACCACUCAGCCAGCAGAAGACACACCUCGUCAGUCAGAGGCGGAAUUGCUCGACAUGGGUGAGGCUUCGACAUCUGCAAGUCAGAAAUUGCAGGCCGAAGCGGCACGAGGAGCAGAGCUGGACAAUGAGACGACUUCAUCCGACCCCAGUGGAGGAGGCGAGGCUUUUAUUCGUACAGAUCAAUUGGAUGGUGAAACCGACUGGAAACUGCGGCUGGCCUCGCCUCUUGCCCAGACAUUACCAGCCAGCGAGUAUGUUCGUCUUCGAGUCACCGCAGGCAAACCCGACAAGAGAGUCAAUGACUUCGUGGGGACCAUCGAGCUCGAACCAAAGCAGCGACGAGGCUAUGAUCCUCCUGUUGAAGACAACGAAGCACCUCAGUCUGAUGCACUGAAGACGAAGUCAAGUCCUCUGAACAUUGAUAACACAGCAUGGGCCAAUACCGUACUCGCCUCAUCGACGGUUGUACAUGCUGUGGUCAUAUACACAGGGCCGCAGACUCGCGCAGCACUCUCCACAUCACCGUCAAGAUCAAAGACUGGUCUGUUGGAAUACGAGAUUAAUAACCUCACAAAAAUCCUGUGCUUUCUGACGGCAGCAUUGAGUAUUGUCUUGGUGGCGCUCGAAGGGUUCAGUGAGCGCGAAGGGAGACCAUGGUACGUUGCAGCGAUGCGAUUCCUCAUCCUCUUCAGUACCAUCGUCCCCAUAUCUCUUCGUGUCAAUCUUGACAUGGGAAAGAGCAUUUACGCCUACUUCAUCCAUCGAGACCAAGGCAUUCCAGGUACUGUUGUGCGAACGAGCACGAUUCCGGAAGACCUCGGCCGGAUUGAGUACUUGCUUAGUGACAAGACCGGAACAUUGACACGGAAUGAGAUGGAGCUACGAAAAGUACACGUUGGCACAGUCAGCUAUGGCGGAGAUGCCAUGGAGGAGGUCAGCAGUUAUGUCAAGCAGGCAUUUGCAUUGUCGGAUGACGGUGCUUUGUUCAGUCCUUCAUCAGGCUUCAAUAUUAGCGGUGGCACGAGGACAAGGCGAGAGAUUGGCCUACGCGUUCGUGAUCUCGUGCUAUCACUGGCGUUGUGCCACAAUGUCACUCCCACGACGGAAGAGGACGAGUCUGGUGAAUCGAAAAUAUCUUACCAGGCAUCAUCACCGGACGAGAUCGCUAUUGUGCAAUGGACGGAGCAAGUGGGACUUCGACUCUCCCAUCGUGAUCGCAAAAGCAUCUCGCUGCAGUUCGUUGGCGAUGAACGUACGGUGGUGCGGGUUGAGGUAUUAAAUGUCUUCCCAUUCACAAGCGACAGCAAGCGGAUGGGAAUCAUCGUACGCUUCAUUCGUGAUCCCACCGACCGUAAAGACGAGUCUGGAGAGAUCGUCUUCUUCCAGAAGGGUGCUGACACGGUCAUGAGCACCAUCGUCGCUGCGAAUGACUGGUUAGAUGAGGAGACUGGCAACAUGGCUCGAGAAGGUUUACGUACUCUCGUGGUAGGCCGGAAGAUGUUGAGCGCACAACAGUUCUCUGCGUUCUCGGCUGCCUACGCAGAAGCCUCUCUCAGCUUAUCAGGCAGAGACGCGUCCAUGUCGAAUGUCGUCAAGCAGCAUCUUGAGAAGGACCUCGAAUUGCUGGGAGUGACCGGUGUCGAGGACAAGCUUCAACCUCACGUCAAGCCCUCUCUGGAACUCCUCCGCAACGCAGGCAUCAAGAUCUGGAUGCUGACCGGUGACAAGGUCGAGACAGCAAGAUGUGUGGCCGUCUCAUCCAAACUCGUCAGCAGAGGCCAAUACAUCCACACCAUCGCCAGCCUGAAACGAAGAGACGCCGCUCUCGAUGCCCUGAGCAUGCUCCACAACCAACCCAACGCCGCUCUCCUCAUCGAUGGCCAAUCUCUCGCCCUCUACCUCUCAUACCACCGCGACGCCUUCAUCACCCAAGCCGUCCGCCUCCCCGCCGUCAUCGCCUGCCGCUGCUUACCCACCCAAAAAGCCGACAUUGCGCACCUCAUCCGCGCCUACACCAAAAAACGCAUCGCCUGCAUCGGCGACGGCGGCAACGAUGUGAGCAUGAUCCAAGCCGCCGACGUAGGCGUAGGCAUCGUAGGCAAAGAAGGCCGACAAGCGUCCCUGGCCGCUGACUUCUCCAUCACACAAUUCGCGCACCUCACCAAACUCCUCGUCUGGCACGGCCGCAAUUCCUACCGGCGCUCCGCCAAACUCGCCCAGUUCGUCAUGCACCGCGGCCUCAUCAUCUCCGUCUGCCAAGCCAUCUUCUCCAUCGCCUCGAAAUUCGAACCCGUCGCCCUCUACCGCGACUGGCUCCUCGUCGGCUACGCCACGGUCUACACCAUGGCUCCCGUCUUCUCCCUCGUGCUAGACCGCGACGUCGACGAGGGCCUCGCAAACCUCUACCCGGAACUCUACAAAGAACUCACCAGCGGCAAAUCCCUCUCCUACCGCACCUUCUUCAUCUGGCUCGCCAUCUCCAUCUACCAAGGCCUCAUCAUCCAAGGCGGCUCCGAGCUCCUCGUCCCGGGCUUCAGCCUCAAACCCACCUCGGACCCCACCACCGGCUCUGACACCACCCUCUCCACGCCGGGCUUCAAGCGCAUGGUCGCCGUCUCCUAUACCGUGCUCAUCCUCAACGAGCUCAUCAUGGUCGCGGCCGAGAUCACCACCUGGCAUCCCGUGAUGAUCUUCAGUAUCCUGGGGACGGCCGGGGUGUAUUUUGGGAGUUUGCCGUUCCUUGGAGGGUAUUAUGAUUUGGAGUUUGUCCUGACGUGGGGGUUUUGGUGGAGGGUGGGGUUGAUUGCGGUCGCGAGUUUGGGGCCGGUGUAUGCUGGGAAGAUGAUAAGACGGGUGGUGAAGCCGCCUAGUUAUCGGAAGGUUAGGGGGGUGUAG